GUAGAAAGGAGAGAGCCGUACACAGAGACAAUUGAAGGAGGAAACAAUUUACAGCUGCUCUCUCCUUCUAUUUUGUUAACCGCCUUUCUCCAAAGCGCCCAACCUGGUGAAAAGCAGUGUUCAUUCCUUCCCCUCCCUGGCUCAGCGCCCCUCCCUUUCUAGAGCUCCCUCGUGCAAGGAGCGUGUCGUGGCCCCUGCUCUUGAGCUGCUCUCAUUGGGAGCACUGAGCUGAGCUCAUGGCCUGGCCGGGAUUUGCAGCCGCCACUGCCUCUGCCGCCACCGCCCGUCUCCAGCUGGUGUGAGCUACAGACCAACUGCCUGACGGAAUAACAAACCCAAAGCGGUGGCUGAGCCCUGAGCCACGGACGCGGCGCAGGGGCUGAGCCCGCGGAUGUUUCUGGUCCGCUUUGGGAUUAUUCAAUGUCUGAUAAAGGAGUGACAGAGCCGAAUACAGCGCAGAGACGAUUCGAGCUGCAUGGGAGGAAAUGAGUGUGGCAGAGAAACAGCCACCCCCCGUACCUCGUGAGCGCCCGGUCACCCUCCUGGUACCCACUUGGACGAAAACAGGUAUUGCACUGUUGUAUGAUGAAGGGUCAGAAAAUGCUUUUGACAUCCGAUUGAAACUUACAAAAGAGAUACUCACAAUCCAAAAACAAGAUGUCAUCUGUAUUAGUGGAAGCAAUCAUAGUGCAAAUCACAGAACUGUUACACUUCGCAGACAACCUGUCGGGGGCUUGGGCCUAAGUAUUAAGGGAGGUGCUGAACACAAGGUACCUGUCGUCAUCUCAAAAAUAUUCAAAGAUCAAGCAGCUGACCAAACAGGAAUGUUAUUUAUAGGAGAUGCAGUAAUACAGGUUAAUGGCAUUAAUGUAGAAAAAGCAACCCACGAAGAAGUGGUACAUCUAUUACGAAAUGCUGGCGAUGAAGUUACCAUCACUGUUCAGUAUUUAAGGGAAGCUCCAUCAUUUCUGAAGCUCCCAUUAGGGUCUCCAGGACCAUCUAGUGAUCACAGCAGUGGGGCUUCUUCACCUCUCUUUGAUAGUGGUUUACAUUUAAAUGGAAACUCUACCAACACAGCACCAUCAUCACCUUCCUCGCCCAUAGCUAAUGAACCAAAAUAUGAGAAGCGAUGGCUAGAUGCCUUAUCAAUUCCUCUCUCAAUGGCUCGAAUCUCAAGGUACAAAGCUGGAACAGAUAAAUUAAGAUCUAACGCCUUUGAAGUGCUAGCCCUGGAUGGAGUCAGUACGGGCAUCAUUCAGUUUUAUACAACCCAGGAGAAUACUGACUGGCUAAGAGCAAUAUCAGCUAACAUUGGUGAUUUGACACUCCAAAAUAUGAAAAUGGCAAAUAAAUGCUGUUCUCCUUGUGACCAGGUUAUACAUAUGGGGUGGGUAAAUGAAAGGCCCCAGGGAACUGAUUCAUCUCAACCCUUCAAACACAAGUUCCUGGCCCUGAAAGGUUCAUCCUUCUACAUUUUCAGCACUCCACCGGUGAGUACAUUAGACUGGGUGCGAGCUGAAAAAAUCUAUAACCUCUGUGAGGUACUAUUUAAAGUUCACAAGCUCUGGCUUGCUGAUGACUACUGGUUACAGGCAAACUUUUAUCUAGGUCUUCACCAGGACUAUGACCUGGAAGACCAACGACCAUAUUGCUUCAGUGUCAUGGUUGGACAGGGAAAAAGUCAUUUUUUCAAUGUAGAGCUAGGGAGUGAGCUAGCUGUGUGGGAAAAAUCAUUCCAAAGAGCCAUUUUCAUGGAAGUUCAAAGGACAGGGUCCAAAACAUAUAUGUGCAGCUGGCAAGGAGAAGCACUGUGCUUCACGGUGGAUUUUGCUUUGGGAUUCACCUGUUUUGACAGUAAAACAAAGAAUGUUCUCUGGAGGUUUAAAUUCUCUCAGCUUAAAGGAUCUUCAGAUGAUGGGAAAACUCGAGUAAAGCUGCUAUUUCAGAAUCUAGACACCAAACAAAUUGAAAUGAAGGAACUUGAAUUCCAGGACCUGACAGCUAUUUUACAUUGCAUACACUCCUUUAUUGCUGCAAAAGUGGCAUCGAUAGAUCCCAUGUUUAUAGACAGCCAGAGUGUUGCAAGAAGAUACAUGUAUAGCAACUGAAAAUUGUUCCUGUCAAGUGAUGACUGAAAAUUAAAUUAUUUUCUUAAGACAUUAAUUCUUUCCUGAACAAUAUUGCAACUUUGUGUGAUUUUAUAAUGAGCCUAUAGUUGUGAUACCAAUAAAAUAUGUAACUAGUUUCCAAAUUUGGGUCAUACUUGUUAAACUUGACAAUUUGGAACAUAUUUGUUCAAGGCAAUCAGCUUGUUGUAUAUAACAUAAAUCAGAAUUCCCAAGUACAGUGAUCCAUAACAUUUCUAUUAUCAUUUUUAUAAGAAAUAUGGAACACUAAGGACUUGACUGCCCCUGUUGGGAAGAUUCAUUAAUAAUAUUAAUGGAGAGACUGGGGUUCCACUGUUUUGUUUUCUCUUAAAAGGGGAGAGGCUGGCUUGGUCUUCUGGUCUUGCUUUUAUGAGAGAUGAUGUGAGGGAGAUGAGACAUCGAACUAUAAUUCCUACAAUGUAGGUUCUUCACAAUAUUUUUUUCAAAUAUUUUUCUUCUCAAAAGA